AUUCAGUACCUAGUGUGCUAUAUAUACUACUCCACGACCUCUGCACUUAUUUGCAUCCCAAGACAUCAGAACCUAAUGAAAAAAGAGAGAACUGAAAAACAUGAGAAAACAAGUCCAAUUCAGUUCGAUCUGCCUCUUGGUUUUGCUCUCAAGCAUUGCUUUGGCUUGUACGAUUUUGAUGGUGGAAGCCAAACCAUGCACGCCAAGCGGCAAAAUCAGAGGAAAACAAGCACCAAGAGACCAGUGCGAUCCUCAUACUGAUGAUUGCUGUCAGGCAAACAGAGUUUACAAAACCUUCGAGUGUUCGCCUCCUGUUUCUAAACACACAAAGGCAAUUCUGACUAUAAAUGAUUUUCAGAAGGGUGGAGAUGGUGGUGGACCUUCUGCGUGUGACAAUAAGUUCCAUUCCAACAACACACCAGUGGUGGCUCUAUCCACAGGAUGGUUCAAUGGCUUGAAAAGGUGCCAUAAGUACAUUACCAUCUUCGGUAAUGGAAGAAGUGUCAGAGCCAUGGUGGUUGAUGAGUGUGACUCAACGAAGGGUUGCGACUCCGAUCAUGGUUUCCAGCCACCAUGUCAAAACAACAUUGUUGAUGCCUCUGAAGCAGUUUGGAAAGCCUUGAAAGUCCCCAAGAAAGACUGGGGAUCAAUGGAAGUUUUCUGGGCUGAUGAUUAGAUGCUGCAGUGACGAAACAUUUUUUCUGUUUCUCCUUUCUGUUCUCUACUUGUCAUCCUCUCUCUCUCUCUCUCUCUUGUGUUUUCUAAGGGGUAGGGGGUUGGGAGGGAGGUUCCAAUGCUUGGACACAAUAAAGCAGCUCAUCCAGAAUAACUGGAUGGCAAGUUGACCUUCAACUUCUUGCAAGAUUUCAAUUUACUCCUCACAAAGUCAUAAUCAUGACUUAACAAUAAAACUUCACGAAUUCAUGCAACUAUAUAGUGCUUUUGAGUUGGUUUCAACUUAAUAAAACUGUUAUAAGAGUUUUGCUUUCCUUGUUAAGUGAAAAUGUUUGACGAAGCAAGAUGAUAAUCUCAUAACAGCAGAAAAUAUAGAAUCCUGGGUUUCAGAUCAUGAUCUUAUUAAAAUAGUCACAGCAAAAAGUACAGAAAACAAA